CGGCCUAACACGAUUCCUCCAUCGUAGACGCGGUGCACUGAAUCAAACUCCUUAAUUUUAGGGUCCUUCUUUAUUAUUACAGUCUAUAUAAACGUUACAUGUCCCAUGUUACUUUAUCAAACACUAAACAACAACAAGAUCUCAGCCAUGGCUUCUAACUCUUCUCUUCUUCUUGUCUUAGCCAUUGCUUCCUUCGCAUCUCUCAUCUCACCGGCCAUUUCACAAACCUGCACCACACAGAACAUACUAUUCGCCGACAGAACUCCCUUCGAGAAUUGCCUAGACCUCCCCGUACUAGAUUCCUACCUCCACUACACUUACAAUGCAACCAACUCAUCUCUCUCCGUGGCCUUCGUCGCUACUCCUUCACGUUCCGACGGCUGGGUCGCUUGGGCUAUCAAUCCAACGGCGAUGGGAAUGAACGGUUCUCAGGCGUUCCUCGCUUACAGUCCUGGAGCCGGCGCACGUCCCGUGGUGAACACGUACAACAUCAGUGGCUACUCCCUCAACGAAGGGAGACUCGCCUUCGAGUUUUGGAACCUACGCGCCGAGUCCUUGACAGGUAACAGGAUCGUGAUUCGCACGACGGUUAAGGUUCCGACGGGAGCCGACAGCGUUAACCAGGUGUGGCAGAUCGGCGGGAAUGUGACUAACGGUCGUCCUAUGGUGCAUCCUUUCACUCCUGCCAAUUUGAACUCUAGAGCCGUGCUGAGAUUUACAGGCUCUGACGCUCCGGGGUCUGCUCCGGGGUCUGCUCCAGGCUCUGCUCAGGGGCCGGCCACUACUGGUGGUGGUGGUGGUGGCUCGAGUACUCCUGGAGAGGCGGGAGGUCCAGGGAACGCGGGUUCGAUGACCACAAGCGGGAAUUUUGGGGUUAAUUUGGGAGUUUUGGUUUUGUUGGCUACUGUUUUCAUCUUCUGAGUAUGAUUUCAUCAUCUUUUUACAUUUUUUUUUUUGCACAAUAAUGGAGCCAUAUACUGUUUACUUUCUAGUCUUUUAGAGUCAUUUACUCUUUUUGUUUUCUACUUAUCUUCUCUCCCCCACAUUAUUCUGAGUGAUUAUUGUAUUGUAUGGACCAUUUUUAUUAUUAUUAUUAUCAUCUUGUCUGCUUAAAAU